UUGUCAAAAUAAGACGUAACCCAAGUGGUGGUACUUUUGUAAAAUAUUUGUACAGGAAAAUGUGUAAAAUUUAGUAAAAAAUAGCGAAAUACAAAGUUCCCCAAUAUAUAUUCGGCGGCUUGCUCAUUCCCAUCAUUCGCAGUAGAGAUGCAAAAGCGGACCAGAACCGGGUCCGGAAUCGCAGAAGUUCGAGCACCGGAGAGGAUAGCGGGCCAUGCUGAGAGAUAUGAUGAGAACAUGCAACAUACUGACAAGGUCUUCAAUCAGAAGUCACUUAACAGGCCACCAGCCUUUGUCAAUCUUUCCAUAUUUCCAUCCUUAAUGCGAUUGGCACCGCCCAGCGAUAGCGUAGAAAGAAAAUACAUUGUCGAUUUAUUCAAAAAUUGCUAUGAUGCGUUGAUUUCCUAUCGCACCGAUCGACAUGCGCCGACUCCAUAACGCUGAGCAAACACCAGGUCACGCGGACUUCCUUCCACUCCAGACCAAGCAACCGACCAGGCGCAGUCCGGGUUUAGCGCUCGCCCCAGCCCCGGUCCACCCCCUCUAAUAUAGACCAACCUCGACGUCUCCUCAAAGUUCCAUCUACUUCUGCAAAUUUCUUGUGGAUUGACCCCUGGACGUGAAUGAGCUUACCUUCCUCCUGAAAUAGGUCCAUCACAAGUGGCGCCCGAGCAGGGACCUGAGGGAACGUCGACGAGGGUUUGUGGAAUAAAACUCCACGGCCGCUAGAGAAACAGGAAAAACAACGCGAAGGAAACCCCGACUUCUCGCAAUUUCCAGCGGUGCGGGUUACGAAAGCGCGGCUUAGCGAUAGAGAAACGGAAACAGUUCCAUCACCCCGAGAUGAAAAUCGAAAAGCCCGCGGCGAAGCUCGACCCAGUGCCCCAGUGCCGAAAAACGCAAGCCAAACGAAAUAGAAAACGCGGAACAGCCCGAUAAGUAUUACCAUGGAUUCGCCAACCCAAGGGUGAGUACCGGAAGGGUGAGCUGGAAUCCUUCGCCGAGGAAUUCGGAUUCAGCCGCGAGGGUAACGCGGAAGAUUUGCGGAGAAAUUUCGCCGAACUAGCAGCCAGAUCACCAGGGCGAGCCAGAUAACCACAGCCCGGCACCUCGGCACAAGUGGAGAAGCGAAAGACAGACCCCGAGCUCAGCCUACGACCCCGUGGAACCACAGGGGGCAAAACCAGCGUCCCGCCGACAUCGAUAACCGCCGUAGGUCUACCAAAGAAGGUCUUUCUCGCAGAAGGAAACGGCCCCACAGACGGCCUUUACUACAGUCACGCCGCCCAGAUGGCGGAAUGGAUUCGAAAGUGGGGAAUCCAGUUCGACGGGCAGGAUGACCCACUGUUUUUCGUUGAGCUACUGGAGGUGCGUACCCUCUCGUACGGGGUAGACAUAAACUGCCUGCCGCGAGCCAUGGCGGAGCUCCUCACCGACCGAGCCAACCGAUGGUUCCGCACCAGCCAACUACAGACCGCCUCAUGGACCGACUUCCGUCAGGACCGAGUUCCGUCAGGACCGAGUUCCGUCAGGACCGAGUUCCGUCAGGACCGAGUUCCGUCAGGACCGAGUUCCGUCAGGACCGAGUUCCGUCAGGAAUUCCUAGCCUUCUUCCUGCCUCCCAGGUACUUCGAGCAGCUGGAAGACCAGAUCAAGGACCGCAAACAAGCGGUAGGCGAACCGUUCAAGGACUUCACCAUCGAGCUCCGUUUGCUCAUGCACCACGCCGGGUACGACGCUGCCAAAGAACUCAGUAGGAUCUACGACAACACUCCCCACCGUACCAGCUAUACGUGCGAAGACACGAACUACGAAGCCCAGCACAACGCACGAUAUUGGCCACGGAAUACGAAAGUAUACAGGAGCGGAAUAUCUUAGCAACGCCCAUCCCCCCUCGACAACCACCAAGGUACACACGGCCAAUGGCACAACGAGCGCAAAACGAAGGACCCACUGGAACGUCCCGGAACCCGCAAGGGUGCCACACCAUGUCGGCGCUCCAGUCCAGGAAGCUACGCAUCGAAUGAUCACCACCCCUAUCGCCAACCCACACGCGGCCUACCGCCGUUGCGGAGAAGCUUGACAUGCUGCCCGCGACUGCACCAACCCAUCGAUUGUCUUCUGUUGGGAAUGCGGCAAGCGCGGAACACGCACUGUGGACUGUUGCCGUCAACACCCGUCGGGAAACGACUCGCGUCCCCACCUCCCCCGCUACAAGUACACGACGGCCGG